AUGCGGUUCCCUCACACCCUCCCCACCCUCCUCUUCGCCUGCACCUCUCUGGCCUCUGCCCGUAUUUCCCCGUACUCUUCCUCCUCCCCUUCCAACAGCAACUUUGCUCUCCAACGCCGCCAAGCUCCAAACGCAACAUGGCCGCACCAAAGUUUCCACACGGAACCUGAUUUCUUGCCUCCCAUUCUAGAAAUCACCCGUCACGGCCCCAGCAGUCCUAACCCGCUCUUCUUCGCGGUCAACUGCGCAGCCUGCCCUCAGGAGGCCGCCACCAUCUUUUCCCCUGAUGGUGAACUAAUCUGGCAGUCCGAUCCCUACACCCAAUACCCCGCUACCAAUUUUGGCCCGCAGCGUCUGAAUGGGAAGCCCGUGCUCGUGUACAAUAUGGCCGUGGACGCACCGAUUGUGGCAUCCGGGGCUUUGACAUAUAGUGUCGUUCUCAUCUUGGACGAUUCGUAUAAUCUACUGCACAACAUUUCAGUGUCGGAUCCCACGUUUGUCUUUUCAGAGGGAAGUAAAACGACGUCGCUGAUUGAUGCUCAUGAGGCUUAUAUCACGCCGUCGAACACUCUUCUCGUUCCCGGGUACAACAUCACGCCCUGGGACUUGUCGCCCGUUGGCGGUCCAAAAGAUGGUUGGCUGCUUGAUUCGGUGGUGUACGAGGUGACCAUCCCGGACGGCGAGAUACUAUGGAGCUGGAAAUCCACCGACCACAUUGGGAUUAAAGAUGCAGAGGUUCCAUUGGACGCUCUUUACGGAUGGGGCAACACCAGUCUCAACGCAUGGGACUACUUCCACGUCAACAGCAUCCAAGUCUGGGGCGAGGGCGACGAAGAGGGAAUCCUCAUCUCCGCACGCAACACCUACGACGUCCUCUUCAUCAACAAAAAGACCGGCAACAUAGAAUGGCGCCUCCGCGGCAAAGGCGAGGGCGGAGAUAUCCCCUUGACUCCAGAAGGCCACUUUAGCUACCAACACGACGCCCGUCUCUGGAACCACAACGGCGACCUCCUCCUCAGCAUCUUCGACAACAGCAACACCCUACCCCCACCCUGGCGCCACUCAGAAGGCCACCUCUACACCCUGAACCCGGCAAACAAGUCCGCAACCCUAAAGACCACAUACAUGGACCACAACACAACCAUUGCCGCCCAGUUUGGCGGCGCCAUGCACAUCAACUUUGAAGACGGAUACGUCAUCCUCGGCUACGGCAGCCAGCCCAUAACCGAAGAGUACAAUCUCAACGGCACCAUGCUCGCGAGUUGGCGUUUCGGCGCCCCAGCACCAGACUUUGGCAUCCCUGGUAUUGCAAACUACCGGACGUACAAGAGCGAGUGGAAGGGCUAUCCCACCUCGCUGCCCGCAGUCAAGGCGUGCAAGUCCGCAACCGGUACGGAUGUGUAUGUGAGUUGGAACGGGGCGACGGAAGUCCAGGCUUGGACGGUGUUUGCCGGACACGACGAGGCGGGAUUGUUGGAGAGUGUUUCGGCGCCCAAGACUGGGUUUGAGACGAAGAUUAGGGUGGAUGGGGGUGUGGGGAUGGUUAGGGUGAAGGCGGUGGGGAGGGCAGAUGAUGAGAGGUUUGUUGCGCAGAGUUCGGAGGCUGUUGUAGUGCAGGAGUGUUGA